AGAAUAGUCAAACCCAUAUCUAAAUGCUUUUUCUUUUUAUGAUUAAAUAGAUAUUUCGUUUCUCUAAUUGAUUUAAAAUCCAGGAAUUAGAAAAAGGAAUUAACUUAAUGAUCAAUUAAUUCAUCCAAAUGGGUCAAAAUAUUAUGCUAGAUCGAAGAUGGAUUCCGGAUCUUAGAAGGAACAAAUCUAACUUUAAAAACAAGAACAAGCCAACCUUUUGAAAAUCUGAUUGUUAGACUGUCGUUUUAUGAGGUCUUAUUUAUUUAUCUAAUUUCCUUGUUUCAUACAAGUCCGAUAAGGAAAAGAAUCAGAAACGACAUAGCAUCAUGAACUGGUCAAGACGCAUCAGCAGGAAAUGGAAACUCACCCUGCAAGCAGUGGCGAUUCUACUUUCUUUAGCACUUGUAUUCUCAUUUUUUCCUGCUAAGGGAGGUAAAAAGAUUCUUGGACACUUCGGCGGUUGUAAUUUCCCUGCCAUAUUCAACUUUGGUGAUUCUAAUUCUGACACGGGCGGAAAAUCCGCUGCAUUUCAUCGGCUUCCCUAUCCAAAUGGUUACUCUCUCUUCAAGAAGCCAUCUGGGCGGUACUGUGAUGGACGUGACAUUAUUGACUUCAUUGCUGAGAGAUUGGGAUUGCCUUACUUGAAUGCUUACUUAGAUUCUAUUGGGACUAACUUUCGCCAUGGAGCAAAUUUUGCCACUGGAGGAUCUACUAUACAGCCAGUGGAUAGUAGAAUAUUUGAGGGAGGUUUUAGUCCUAUUUCUCUUGACAUACAGCUUUUGCAGUUUGAACAAUUUAAGGAACGAACUCUUGAGCUAUACAAUCAAGGUAGAAGCUCUUAUGUUGUGAAUAGUCUUCCAAGACCUGAGGAUUUCUCUAAGGCACUAUACACAUUGGAUAUAGGACAAAAUGAUCUUCAUUCUGGAUUUGGGUCAAUGACAGAGAAGCAAGUUCUGGAAUCUAUACCUGGUAUCAUUAAUCACUUUGCUCAGGCGGUUGAGAAAUUGUAUCAACUAGGAGCAAGAACAUUUUGGAUACACAAUACUGGACCCAUUGGCUGCUUACCUUAUGCUGUUAUAAAGUAUCCUCCAGAGCCUGGGAAUAUGGACCAAAUUGGUUGUGUAAACUCCCACAAUAAUAUCUCCCAAGACUUUAACAGGCAGCUGAAAGAUAGGGUGUCCCGGCUUAGGAAACAACUUCCAGAUGCUGCGCUUACAUAUACUGAUAUCUAUACAGCUAAAUAUUCAUUAAUUUCUGAAUCAAAGAAUCAGGGAUUUGCUGAUCCUUUUGGAUAUUGCUGUGGGCAUUAUGGAGAUUACCGUGUUCAAUGUGGGGGAAAGGCAACAGUGAAUGGGACAGAAAUCUCUGGAGAUCCAUGCAGCAAUCCUGAACUCUACAUUAGUUGGGAUGGCAUACAUUAUUCUCAGGCUGCAAAUCAGAUUGUAGCCAACAGGAUUCUUGAUGGUUUCCUGUCAGACCCUCCUUUGUUUAUAAAUGAAACAUGUGGUAACCACACUUGAUUCAACAUCAAUUCUCUUUGGCAGAGAUUGAACAACUUCUAGGAUCCAUCUUGUGAAGUAUUGAAUUCUUUUCAUUAAAUGAUUACUAUAGCAACUGCAGAAACUAAAUGGGAACCACAAGCAACAAAGGUUUAGUGACGGCAGAGAAAUUUAAUAGAUCUUUGUGUGCUAUUGCUUGGAAUAUUCAGAAAUUUCUGCUCAUAUUAUUUGUAUAUGGAAUUACUGGAA